UCCGCGCAGUACAGAAUCGCUACCAAGGUAGUUAAAAUCUCACACUCUCGCUCGAAGGCCAAAGUGAAGCCAUCGACUGCGAGACUCUUCGCGUCUCACCACCGCCGUAUCAGAAAUUUCAUCCGAUUCAGAAUCCGGGCCCCGACCCGGCCCGCACUAUCAAGGGGGAAGAUAUGAGCAAGAAAGUGAACCCCACUGUCUUCUUUGAUGUAUCCAUUAAUGAGGCUCCGACUGAAAGGAUUGUUAUUGAGCUUUUCGAGGAUGCUGCUCCUAAGACAGCAGAAAACUUCAGGGCUCUCUGUACAGGUGAGAAGGGCAUUGGAAAGUCUACAGGCAAACCUCUCCACUACAAAGGAUCACAAUUUCAUCGAAUUAUAAAAGGAUUUAUGGCCCAAGGUGGAGAUUUUUCAGCUGGAAACGGAACUGGUGGAGAAAGUAUUUAUGGAGGAAAGUUUGCAGAUGAAACUUUUAAAUUGAAGCAUGAUAGACCUGGCCUUCUGUCUAUGGCAAAUGCCGGUCCAGAUACAAAUGGGUCUCAAUUCUUUAUCAUCUUCAAUCCUACACCACAUCUUAAUGGGAAACAUGUUGUUUUUGGGAAGGUCACAAAGGGAAUAGAUGUAGUUAAGAAAAUGGAGAGAGCUGGUUCAGAUAGCGGGAAACCUUCUCAACCAGUGAAAAUUGUUGACUGUGGUGAAGUUGAGGAUAGUAGAAUCCUCAUUGCAACAGAGAAAGAGAAAGGGAAAAAGAGAAAAUCAGUGAAGAUUUCAUCUUCUGAGGAUAGUUCUGAUGAGGAAGUGAGAGGAAGGCACAAAAAAUCUCUGAAGGGAAGAAGAAAGAGAAGCAAGAAAUAUUCUUCGUCUGAUUUAGACACAUCAGAUUCUUCUUCUUCAGAUUCAGAUUCAGAUUCAUCCAACUCAAGUUCUCUUAGUGAUGAAAGGCGUAGGAAGAGGAAAUCUGGGAAAAGAGAUAAGCAUUACCGUUCAAGGAAAAGAAGAGAUGGAAAGAAAGAGAGGAAGAGAAGCCGACAUGCCAAACAGUCAAGGCGCAAGUUGAAACGGAGGUCAGAAAGUUCAAGUGAUACUGAAAUGGAGAGUGCUAGGACCAGCGGAAGCAGUUCUGAUGAUGAUAAAGAUAGUCAUGUUUCUUCUCGGAAAAACGGCAAUUUAAAGAAUGCAGAAACGAAACCUCCUGGAAAUCUUGAUGUGGGAAAUGAACUUCCUCAGGGAGGGAAAAAAUCCAUUGAACAGAGAAACAAUAUAAACAAAAGUGGGGACAAGUCAUCCCAGGAAGAAGGUCAAUAUCCUCCAAAGAAGAAUGAUGUUAGUGUAACUAAUGGGCAUAAAGCCGAAGCAAAAACUGCUAAGCAACAGUACUCAGAUGACUCAAACAAGUCCAGAAGUCCAUCUUGCAGCGCAAGUCUUAAAAGGAUUAUUGGCAGAAGUCCACCAAGGAAUUCCCUUGAGCAAAAGAGAGGAAGGCCUUCUAGAAGUCCAUUGGGUAGCCCUGUCCGGAGAGCUCCUGAACCUUCUACUUCAAACCAUGAACGUGGUUUGUCAAGAAGCACUUCUCCAAAUGGCACUCCCAAGCGCAUCAGGAAGGGACGUGGCUUCACUGAUCAGUAUGCCUUUGCACGUCGCUACCGUACUCCAUCCCCAGAGCGGACACGGGGUAACUCUUAUCGAUAUGGUGGAAGAGAUAUUUAUAGAAGUAACCGUGACAGAUACUUGAGCUACCGUAAUUAUUCUGAGCGUGGGCAACCUCGACGUGUGCGAAGCCCACCAAGAGGCAGGAGUCCUCCCAGGUCUCGAAACCAGAGAAGUCGAAGUAGGAGCAUUUCUCGAAGCCCUGGUGGACAUCGUGGCCGAAGUAGGGACCGCAGUCCAGCAGAUCGGCCUCGUGUGAGUGACAGAUUAAAAUCCCGCCUUGGACCAUGCAUUGGUGAUCAGCACUCUCCAGACAGAGAUAGGGCUAAGUCCAGGUCCAGGAGUCGAGAGACGUCUCAUUCUAGAUCUCCAGUUGCUGCACCCAAGCGUCGGAACAAGACUUCUAGGUCUCCUAGUGAGUCAAGAUCAAGCUCUCCAGCUGAACAAAGGGGGUUGGUCUCAUAUGACGAUAUCAGUCCCUGAAUCCUGGUUCAUGAGAACUUCAGAAGAGAAGCAAAUGAUACCAAAACAAAAUGCAUGCAUCAAAACAGAUUAGAGGUGUUGGACUUGGUUUUGCAUGUGUCAUAGAAUGUGAAUGUAAUGGAAUCCUCAUUUCAGAGGAUGUCCGAGCUUUUCAUUUUCAAUCCAAUAUCACAAGAGACUGCGAGAUAGUUCUGAGACA